AUGCCUCGAGCAAGUACAGCACCAGGGGCUCGACUCCGGUGUCGCCGGGCAUGCGACAGCUGUAAGCGGCGCAAACAGAAAUGCAAUGGCGAGCAACCCUGCACAAUUUGUGUCCAGCGACACAAGGAGUCAGAAUGCCAUUUUUCGGACCGCCCCGCACGUCUCCUCAAGCCAGACGCCAAAGACUCGACCAUGCUGCUUAGCGAACGAACAGUACCUUCCCCUCAACGAAAAACGGCAAUGGAUCGCUUAUUGAAUUCGCUGGAAGACAAGGACACAAAUUUAGAGCAGCAGGAUACCGACGAGAAAGAGGGAAUGGCCCCGGUUCCCAAGGUAGCGCGGCUUCUUCGCGACGGCCAGGGCAAAUUCAUGUACAUCGGAGAUUCUGCGAGCUUGUCAUUCUUGCAAAGUGUCCGACGUGUUGUUUCUUCAUCAAUCGGCCGGUGUGAAUUUACAGAGGACAAUUCUCGACACUCCAUGCUGGAAGCUUUCCAAAACAACCCAAGCACUCAGCCAGGUCCCCUCAUCCCGCCGCCCAGCAACGAAGAGGCUCAGAGCCUCGCACGACAAUAUGUCCUCGCGACAAGUCCCUUGCUUGAUUUGGUUGAUCUUGAGGAAUUCCACCCACGACUCGCUAACUGGGUAGAGAACCCUUCGGGCGAUGAAGAUACUGUCAGUUCCAUUUUCUACCUUGUGCUUGCCAUUGGUGCUCAAGUCUCGGACGUCAACCAAACCUUGGCCGAGCAAUACUUUAGCAGUGGUCGUCAAUUGGCGUUUGCUGCUUUCCAGGAAACGCCAAGUAUUCAUACCAUCCAGUCGUAUAUUCUGGUGUCAAUGUACAUGCUCGGUGCAUGCAGACGCAACGGCGCAUUUAUGAAUUUGGGAAUCGCCUUAAGAGCUGCCUAUGCAGUAGGAAUUCAUCGAAAGGAUGCAAAUGCGCUCUUUUGUGGACGCGAACGUCGAGCCAGAGAGCGAGUAUGGAAGAGUCUUCGUAUGAUGGAUUUAUUCCUUAGCGCCUCAUUAGGCCGACCCCCUGCGACAUCAGAUUAUGAUUAUGACAUUCGGGAGGAUGCUUUUCCAUCCAGCGAGCAACAGAGGAACCUAACUCCUGAUAAGCAACUUUCACUUGCGGUGACUUCGCUAUGUCGAAUUUUCGAGCGAAUCCUUACCGAUGUUUACAUGAAACAAGUCAUUUCAAUUAAUGUUGCAGAGUCCAUCUCAAAUCAACACCGUGCUUGGGUCAAAACACUACCAGCGUUUCUUAAGGAACAAACAGAACAGAUUAAUAAUAAGCCUAUGGAGGACAACUUGGCAGCAGCUCAUGUGUUCGGCUCAUAUUACUGGUCUAUUAUUCUCCUCACUCGGCCAUUCCUAGUCUACAGGGUGGCUCAGUACGUGAAAAAUAAGGCAAACCCAUCUGCCCCAGCUAGCCAAACUGGUAGCUCUCGCAUUUCACUGUUUGCAGAUGCAUGCGUCUAUUCUGCGCUUCGAGGCUUGGAUGUUGUGGAUGGCCUCGGCCGGUUCGCAUCUCUACCACGCCGCCUUCCCUUCUUGAUCAAUUCUGUCUUCAACUCUGCUGUUGUUAUUGGAGCUGCGUUCUUCGCGGACUAUGACAACCUAUUACCCCUUGAAGAAGGAUUGAACAAAGCAGAAAAUUUCCUCGAACUAUUUGUUCCUCAUGAUCCCCAUGCUUGUCGCUUCUAUCAGAUUAUAAAGUAUCUGCGUGGUGCCGUGGCCGAGUAUAUUCAACGGCGAAAUCGACAAUGGAUGGAUCGAAGAAGUAGGCAAGUCGAUCAACUCUUCGGCCAGGUUGGCGGAAUUCCCGCCAAUGGGAAUCAUCACUCCCCUGCUUUCACACCGACCCCUGGCCAAGACCUCCCUCCACCAAUUCGCUCAGAUGAGACCCAACAACCCCCCGUUGUGGUUUCUCCAAUAUCCCCCGGCAAACUUGCUGGAACAACUCCUUCCUCCUUCCUCACUCAACAGCCCCCGCCAGACCCCACCAAUGCCCAUCAACUGGGAGGCGAUAUGUGGGACUCACUCUAUAGCGGGACGGACGCAUCGGCCCUUUCUUACGAUGCCGCUAUCUCUGCUUUAACUACCUCUGGUAUCCCUGUUGGUUGUUCCCCUGGUGGGACAAUACCUACCGGGCAGCCCGCGCUUUCUGGCGGUCCAUCACCGCUCUCUGAUGUCAUUUUUCCUGAAAACGGGCUGUUAUAUAUGGCGGAAGACCUGCCUGUAUUCGGCCUUUGGGAAGAGCCUUGA